AUGCAGAAUCUCGACGCUUCAGUGGCCUCUUCGGCCACAGCGGCUUCGACUUUCAGACGUCCUGCAAGACCGCUUGGUGCUCGGGAACCACCCCGUUCAUUCACAGCAACCUCGGCAUCCCGACUCAACUCGUUGGCUCCAUCUGGUCCGCAUUCCAGAAUAAAACAACAACAACAACCCCUCAGUUCACUCGGUGAGAAUGACACAGAGCAUAUUCAAGACCCGAAAUCUGUCUGUGACAGCUACUCGUCUGCUCCAAGACCUGCGCUGCGCCAACUGGAUCAGCAGCAACCACCAUUGCAUAACAAAACACACGAGCGUCUGCCUCCAACGCCACUGCAACAACUGAGACAACCUCAACAACAACAACAACAACAACAACAACAACAACAACAACAACAACAACAACAACAGCAGCAGCAGCAGCAGCAGCCACUCAAACAUAGGUUUUCAGUUGGACCAAAGGCUGUUGCUCCACCACUAUCCACAGGACCUAGAAUGCCUUCAAUUUCUAGUUUAUCAAACUCACAGCAUCAUCACAUUGUAGGUGCACGGCGACUGCCAGAUGUAUCUCGCAUGCGCUCCAAAGCAUCUUCCAUUCAUUCAUCAGGACUCUCUUCGAAAGCCUCAUUUCAGACUGUAUCCAGUGAAAGAUCAGUAAUGGCUCAAAGUAUUGUUACUACCGAACCUCUUUCAGUAGAACAAAUAAAACGGUUGUCUUCACUUUCAGAUGAUAGCGUUGUUAUUGACCUCACCGAGGAUGAUGAUGAUGGUUGUGGUAAUGAUGACGAUCUUAGGAGUAGUAGCAACAGCAGCAGUAAACAAAGCGCAUCUGUAGAGGACCAUAACAACGUUAAUGACGACUAUGAUGAUGACGAUGAUGACGAUAUUUUGGAAUUGGCUACAAGUACUAGCAGUGGCUCGAGUGUCCCUCCUGUUGGAGAAACAGCCAGUCCGUCUCCAUUUGUUAUAUCCCAUCGUCCUUCACGCAACUUCACCGGGUCUUCAACCCAUUCCUAUGCGACAUCGUCUUCUUCUCGGUCCGUUAGCACGUCUACAACCAUGUCCUCGGCGCGCACUGUGUCCACUUCUCUCACAAACACCAGUGCUGUUCCGAGCCCCGUACUUGAAUCUUCGGCCACUUUUGCAUCGGAAGCCGAACUUGAUGCUAUAACGGGACAUGGCUCUGUGCCAGCAUCGUCUUCAAUGUCUGUAGCUGCAACUGCAUCCUCUUUGGCACCUGUCUCUGCAGCAAACACCAUGUUCAAGGUCGACUCGGACAUUAAGCAGAUGCAUGCUGAGUUUUUGCGCUCGCUUAACAAGGCCACAGAGCCCCUGCAUAUUGCCAGAAACAAGUCUGUGUCUCCCAGAGCCCCCCUGACUCCUGUUUCUGAAAAAAGUGGGUCGUCUUCGCCGGCUUUAAACCUGAAUCGGAAGAUAUCCACUCCUGACUAUAAACCUUCCAAGAGUUCUAGUCCCAUUGCUUCAUCCACUGUGUCUAUUACAAAAAACAACACAUCUGAUGAUGAUAAUAUUCUUGCAUUUCCUUCUUCUUCUUCUUCUUUUUCUACUACUAUUAACGAUACUACAUCGUUCCAGCACAUUCGCAGCGACAAGAUUCCAGGUGCGCUGGUGCCGUCGUCUCAGACAAACCCUGUCUCCGGUCCUCCACCUAGUGCAGGUGACUCUGACGCCGAAUUUCAGGACCUGUUUAAACUCUCGUACUACGAAAGUGAUUUCGAAUCGUUCUUAAAGCCAGAUGCUGUCCCUCCCACACACGCUGCAUCCAAAGCCUCACGCACCCGAUCUGGUAAACAGCAGCAGACUGCCCACCGUGUUCCGUCAUUGCUUUCUUUGGACUCGUCCUCGUCCUCACCAUCCACUUCGGUUUUGCCGGGCUUGCCUUUGUCCUCAUUGACGCCCAAGGCCUUGCCAAUCCGUAUGGCCAGUCUCCCCAGAACUCCCCAGCAGGUACCAGCCGCACCUCCUCGUCGCAUGUCUCAGCAUAGGUCCUCAGUAUCUACUCCUGCUACUCCUGCUACUCCCGCUGCUCUAUCUCAAAAUGACGGUCCCUCUGUCCCAACCGUGACGACUUCUGUAUCUUUGCUUCAAAUAGUGGAAGAGGAAGAACCCGAGCAACAUUCCAAGGUGGCACCAACCCCUGAACCUCUUCAGAAAAGCCCCUUGGCUUCUUCUGUUGCUGCUUCUCUUCAUUCCAAUCAUGCAGGCCCCAAUGGCGACCAUCGCCGUAGUUCUGGCCUACCUCAGCCGCACAAUAAGUUUAGUACCAUGUUUCUGGAAGGAACCACCUCCACCGCCGCCGCCGAUGUCACCACAAGCUCUACAAACCUUACUGGCAACGACACCUGCAUACAAACAAGUCCAACUAGAAGUCCGACCAGAAGUCCGACCAGAAGUCCGACCAGAAUUUUAACCAGAAGCUCCACAAGAAGUUCCGUACCAGGACCUUCUCCAGUUCGGUCUCCUUCUCAGGUUUCAGUGUCUCCCCGUCGACCUCUUCCUGUCGUAUCGCCUUCUGCAAGUGCUGUUGCUCGUGCCGCCUCUACUUUGGCUCGACCUUUACCUUCCCAUAAACCUUCAGUUCGCAGACCGCAACCUCCCACACCCGGGUCUCUGCACCGAUCGUCUACCUCGUCCUCUAUCUCGUCAACUACUUGUUGUGUAUGCUUACACACAGUAUCUCCAGACGAACGCGUUGUUCGUGCAAAUAAUCGCACCGUGCACGUAUCAUGUUUUACUUGUGCCCACUGUGGCAUGGCUCUCGAGCUGUCACAGUUUUACGAGCACCCCCCUGGACGGUUUUUGUGCCAUUUGGACUUUCAUGAACUUUUCUCACGCCGCUGCGGAUACUGCGCAUCUCCUAUCGAAGGUGCUGCCAUCACCGCGCUCGGAAAACACUGGCAUCCGGAUCACUUUUUCUGUGGUGCAUGCAACAAGCCCUUUGGCCCACAUGCUGAUUACAUUGUGGUAGAUCCUUUAGAAGUUACCAAACAUAAGAGCACAAAGACUACAGCGUUGCCAACAAAAUCCAAGUUAGCUCCUGGGCUCGGGAUGGAGAAACAGCAGGUGCCGUGGUGUCGCGAAUGCUAUACCAAAAAAACAGCAAUCCACUGCUGGAAGUGCGGGAACUCAACCGGCGACAAAUGUAUUGAAGCAUUGGGGAGAUCAUGGUGUACUCGCUGCUUUGCUUGUGAGCAAUGUGACAGCCCGUUUGACUCCAGCGAAUUUAUUUUGCGUCCUGAUGGACUUCUUGCGUGUUACGAGUGCGAGGCUCGCCGAAUUCGAGAGGAAGUAUGGAAAUGA